UGUGUUGUGAUUUGUGAAUUUAUUUGUGUUUUUCUGCUAUGGUGUGUUCGAUUGUGGUCCUUCGACACUUAGCUAAUUGCCGAAAUUUUUACUGAAUAACUGCAUCCAGAUAGUAAUCGGACUGUUUCUCUCGUACGCGACGCGGUUCGUUGUCGACCGGUGGUUGCAGCGCCCGACAACAAGAUGGCUUCGACAAGUUGGUACCCGCAGGAGCAGACCCUGCACCGAGCUGAUGAAUUGGAGCGAAUGGAAAUGACUACUGCUGGACAGCGGUUUUGUCGGUUGUGCUUAUCUAAGGAGCAGCAGCUGAAACCACUAUUUCCUCCGGAUGGAGCGCCGGACGAGCUAUUGCUGCAGAAAAUUAUGAACUGUCUUACGAUUGCGCUCUCUUUUGAUGAAGAUUAUGAUUCAUUCAUAUGUCGAAUAUGUAUACAGGAGGUCACAAAAUUCUUUUUCUAUAAAGAACAGUGUCUCGCAAAUGAUUCUAUUUUGCGAGGACGUCGGAAACCGGAUAAGAUUCCUCUAUACGACGGGGGUGAGGGUACUACGCAUGAUGCUGAUGAUGGUUUGAGUGCAGAUGAGGAGGAAUAUGAUGGUGACCCGAUUGAUUCAGAUGAGUUUGAUAUUCGAGAUGAUGAAGAGGACAGGGAGUUCAGAAGCAAUGAUCAGACUGCCGAAAACGAUGACGAUGAGAAUGACGACGAAGACGAUGACGACGCUAUGCAAAUUGACGUGUCUAGAUUAAAGCCAUUACCUAAGCAAAGAGCUCGGAGGGAGAACGUUCAAGACUACUAUCAUGGAGGCUUCCGAUAUACUUGUGCCACUUCUCGUGCUAACGGUAAAGUCCACUGGCGUUGUAUGUAUAAGUCUAAGCUGAAAUGCCGUGCAGCUAUUUUGGUGGGCUCGGAUGGAACCGUAACUCGUGGCCCAAAUCGGCACAACCAUCAUCCAGAUAGUAAGUGUCUGUUUCCUUGUCCAGCUAGUGGAACGAUUCAGGACAUGCAUACAGGACGUAAAGUUUCGUACAAGCUGAUUAAUAGUGACCGAAGUCGAAUUAAUCGGAUGCAAAUUAUUUGCAAUGGAUACAAAUUUCGAUAUGCAAGAACUACGCAGAAACAAACCACUUACUGGCGCUGCAUGAAACACAAUGGGAAGGAGAACUGUAAGGCGGUUUUAUCUUUUCGAAUGGACUUUAGUGCUUGUUCGUCCAACGGUCAUGGUCACAAUCAUCCCGCACAGUAUGAUAUGAAUGAACCCUUGCCUCCUAGCCUGCGGUUGCCGGCACAACGAGAAGCAACUAAGCAGCCGCAACUCGUCAUUCAAACAAAUGGCAACGGAGCAUCGUCUGGCAGUUCGAUUCAGAAAGGCCGAUGGAAUGUAAUGCUGCACAGGGGUUAUGAAUUUGGUUUUCCACGCGCUGACAGAAUGAACAUGAGGUGGGCUUGCUUUAAGAAAAGUUUGUUCAAUUGUCCGGCUAACCUGUACACCAAUCGAGGCGGACGAGUUGUCAAGGAAAGCGAUUGGGCACAUAAUCAUGGCCCUAGGGAUGAUUACGCUAAGGAUGCCAUCAUCGACGGUCUAAUGCAGGAUGCUCGAACCAAAGAACAGAUUCCGUACAAAUUAAUACCCGGCAAGCGCGGACAGCGGUUUGUCGUUCACAAUGGCUACCGAUAUUCGUCGGAUCGAUUAAUCAGUGACGGACGUAUUGCUUGGAAGUGCACCAAAUGUAAGGUGUUUAUUAUCAUUGGCGGUCGAUUUGGAACAAUGGAAGAUCGCGGAGUAGAACAUGAACAUGAACAGGAUGAAAGUGAUGCGCUCAUUACAUGCAAAGAGGAACCAGCUCAAUCCUGCGAAGAUCCAGAGAGCCAGACACAGGAUGAUGCCACGGAAGAGGAUAACUCCAAUGGAACGAUCGAUGUUAAGAAGGAACAACUGGUAGACGAGGAAGGUGAACAAGAUGCUGAGGAUGACGAAGAUAUGUUCAUAAUCCCGUAAGUGGUGCCACUUAAAUAUGAUAUCAUAAGCAGAGGAAAAAGAUUGUGACGAUAGUUGUAAGAUUUUUAAGUUAUUCUCCUCGGAUAGUCAUUAGAAGUGUAGUGACAAAA